UUGGCCAUCACCUCACCCCUGCCCUACAACGACUAAUAUGGACCUCUCCUUUAUGUACCGCUGGUUCAAGAACUGCAACCUGGUGCGAAACCUCUCAGAGAAGUAUGUCUUCAUCACUGGCUGUGACUCGGGCUUUGGGAACCUGCUGGCCCGGCAGCUGGUUGAUCGGGACAUGCGGGUCUUGGCUGCUUGCCUCACUGAGGAGGGAGCCCAGAAGCUUCUGAAGGAUACCUCCUGCCGUCUGCAGACCACUGUACUGGAUGUCACCAAGUCCGAAAGCAUCCGGGCGGCAGCCCAGUGGGUGAGGGACCAAGUGGGCGAGCAAGGUCUCUGGGCCCUAGUGAACAACGCUGGAGUGGGCCUGCCCAGUGGUCCCAAUGAAUGGCUGACCAAGGAGGACUAUGUGAAGGUCAUCAAUGUGAACCUAGUGGGACUGAUUGAUGUGACCCUCCACAUGUUGCCCAUGGUCAAGAAAGCCCGGGGCAGAGUCAUCAACAUGUCCAGCUCUGGUGGUCGCGUAGCUAUCGUCGGUGGUGGCUACUGUGUCUCCAAGUUUGGUGUUGAGGCCUUCUCUGACAGCAUCAGGCGCGAGCUCCACUAUUUUGGGGUAAAAGUCAGCAUCAUUGAGCCGGGAAACUACCGGACAUCCAUUCUGGGCAACAAGGGCAUAGAGUCUCACCUGCAAAAGUUGUGGGAGCGGCUGCCUCAGGAGACCCGGGAUAGCUACGGAGACGAGUACUUCCGCAUCUAUACUCAAAAGACUAAAAACACGAUGCAGUUGGCCAGUCCAAAGAUCAGUGAUGUCACCAACAGCAUGGAGCACGCCGUUGUGUCCAGGAGCCCCCGCGUCCGAUACAAUCCUGGCCUAGAUGCCAAACUCCUCUACCUCCCGCUGGCUAAAUUGCCCACCCCUGUGACAGAUUUUAUCCUGAGCCGGUACCUUCCAAGGCCAGCGGACAGUGUCUGAACCAGCAAGGCUCCAGGGUGGUCAGUGGAGUGCAGAGGAGGGGGUGGGAAAAGGGACUGUGGG